UGUAAUUAGUCUUUAGUAAAAUAAACAUACAAACAUUUUUUUAUCAUCAUUUGUAAGACUCGUUUUAAAAUAAUGCGUUUCAUUUCCUUUAUCGAAAUAUGUAAUCUUAAACCGGGUUAUAAAUACUAAAGAUAUGUUUAUUACAGGCAUAAAAUUAAUUAGCCAUGCAUUGACGAGAGUCGACUCAGUCUGACAUUGUAACAGAUACAACCAACUGCGUGCAUCAUGCUAAAGUUAAACAAUACAUAAUAAAGUGUACUAAGAAACUGAUCAAAAUGACAGAAAUUGAUCAUAUAGAAAAUGCUAUUGGAAGAUUUGGUUUAUAUCAGACGUGGAUCUUAUUUCUGGUAACUAUAUCUAGAUAUCCAACUGAGUUCCAGCUAACAAACGUUGUGUUUAUUCUACCGAGUGUCGAUUAUGUGUGUUUGGAUGAACAAGCAUCGAAUGCAACAAACUAUUGUCCUUGUGAGAAUCCGGAAUAUGACACUAGUGUUAUAGUCGACUCUGUGACGAGCACUUGGGACCUUAUUUGUGGAAGGACCCAGCUUGCUAGCCUGGCUCAAUCCAUGCUGCAAGUCGGAAUACUUGCUGGAAGUCUAUUGUACGGUUAUAUUUCAGACAGAUACGGACGGAAAAUCGCUACUUGCCUAUCCUUCACAACGACUGUCAUAUUUGUUAUUAUAUCCGCCGUAGUUCCGGAAAUAUGGAUGUUCCUUGUAUGCCGUUUUCUUAUCGGCACUGGAGUGGGAGGCACUAUGCUCUGUUCAUACAUUCUAGUUAUAGAACUCAGUGGAAAAUCAUUUAGGGCAUAUCUGACUGGAUUGUUUGAGAUAUCUUACCUAACAGGAUAUUUAGUACAUCCUAUAAUAGCAUACUAUGUAAGGGAAUGGCGGUAUCUGCAAUUAGCGACUUCAGUACCAUGGGUUUUUGUUUUAUUGAACUUCUGGCUGCUACCGGAAUCGCCAAGAUGGUUGAUAACAAUGGGGAAGAAAGAAGAAGCAAUAAGUAUCCUUACUACUAUUGCAAAAAGAAACAAACGACCGACUGACAACAUAGAAACCAUCGUUGAUAAAAUCGAACAAGAAACAAAACAAGAACGUAAACAAGAAUACGGAUCUUAUAUCGAUUUGUUCAAAACACCGAAAAUAAGAAUCUAUUCGAUUAUAAUCGCUUUCGUAUGGUUCUGUUGCGCGCACACUUUCUUCGGCAUCAAUCAAUAUAUUGGACGUCUUCAAGGAAAUUUGUACCUAAACGUAAUACUUUCAGCUGCAAGUCUUAUACCAGGAAUAAUACUUGUAAUAUUGGCUUCGUUGUAUUUGCGAAGGAAGUUAGCUGUUAUUACUAGUUUUUCAACUGCAGCGGUGUCGUUACUUGUAUUCAUUUUCAUACCCGAAGGUUCUCAGGCCGUAUCAUUAACAUUUGCUAUAAUCGGUCAAUUAGGCGCUUACACAUCGUUUGUUCAAGUAUAUUUGUAUUCAUCAGAAAUUUUUCCAACUAUUAUCAGAAAUUCUGCAAUGGGUUUCGCUUCUAUGUUUGCGAGAUUUGGCAGUUUUAUCGCACCGUUUGUAGUUAAUAUUGGAAUUGAAUGGGUUUCAAUUACAAUAUUUAGUGUAUUAGCAUUUUGCGCGGGUUUCUUAUGUCUACUUUUACCUGAAACUAAAAAUAUUGUAUUGUUGAACACUAUUCAAGAAACAGAAAAAUCUAAUGACAAAGAAUGAACAAAACAUUUGCAAUAAUUAUGAAAGUUUAAAUUUCUAUUUCAUUUAUGUAUAAAUUUAUUAUUUAGUUCGCAAGUGCAGUUUAAAGCUUAUAAUCAUUACUAAACAGUACAGCAGGGUUAGACAGUAAAAAACAUGAACGAAACGAAAGCGAUUAUCGUUCGAUUGUGAUUGGUUGAGACACUGACGUCUGACGUCACGCGUUAAAAUCUUAGACAGUGACAUGCACGAAGGUCGCAUUCGUCUUUCGUCUGUCGUUUUUCGACUAUUUCCUUUAAAAUUCCUAGACAGUAACACGAAAUGACAAACAUAAUCGUUUUUAAAGCGACACGAUCGUUCGUUUUUGAAGCGAUUCUCAAAGGUGUCUCGUUUUGCUUCGAGAUCAACUGAAUCAACUUUAAUUAUUAGUUAGAUGUUUUUGCAUUUGAGACUGCUUAUCAAAGCUACAUACUUUUCUCAGCCAACCCAAGGUGUCGCCCUCCGUGGGACUCGCGCCGUUACUUCUUUAUUAUAACCAGAUUGGUAGAAUGAACCGCCAGCGAAAAAAAGGAAGUAAUGUCAAUGAGAAAAUUUUGUUAUGGCGUCUUAAAGAAGUUUGAGGAAUGCUUGUUGGAUAUUUAUUGUAUCCCUAUCAAUCUGGGCUCUGACAGCUUCCCUUGCGUGAAGAUUGGUUUCACGCAAGAUUUCCAGCUCAAGCCUUUUUAUUUCUAAUGCAUGCUGCCUCCUGUCACGGUCCUCCUUCAACUUCAACCGCUGUAAUUCCGCAGCAGCAAACUCUUUUGCCACUCGAUCAUACGGCGUCUCAAUAGAGGA